UGCAUUGUCCAAACUGAAAAUGCAGAGUAAUGUCCUAUGGUACAAACUAGGGUAGGACAAUGUACUUUUAUCAUGUUUUUAUCCAAAACUAAUUAGUUGUGUUGCAGUUAAUUAACAUUUCCUUUGUUUAGGUACCUGACCUCGUUCUAUCCUUUAGAACAAUGGUUAAAUGGAACCCUGAAACUAAUGUCAACAUAAAACCAUCUUCAGUUGGUAAAGAUGUAGAUUCUGAGAAUUUGUAACAUAUAUUACGUAUUUGGAAGGCGGCCUACCACUGCAACAUCUUUCGCCGCCUUCAGCUGUCAGAAGCUUCCGUCGAGAUAUGCGACACCAAAUUCAUAAUCUUUGACUUAUCCUUGAGAUGCAGUGCAUUACUUACAAAUAAUCCAAAGUGAAUCCCCACUUCUCACCCAAAACCCAAAAUCAUGGACCUCAAGCUCUCCACCCUCCUCUGCUUCACUCUAUUAUUGUGCACCAUUCUUAUCCCAACUCUCUCCGAACUCUGCAACCCACAGGACAAGAAAGUCCUCCUUGAAAUCAAGACAGCCUUCAACAAUCCCUACACCUUAACUUCAUGGAACCCCGAUGUCGACUGCUGUACUACCUGGUACAACGUCGAAUGUGAUCCCAUCACCAACCGCAUCAACUCCCUCACCAUCUUAUCCUACGAUCGCAUCUCCGGCCAAAUCCCUCCCCAAGUUGGUGAUUUGCCAUACCUCGAAACCCUCGUGAUUCGCAAGCAACCAAAUAUAACCGGUCCUAUCCAACCCUCCAUUGCCAAGCUCAAACAUCUCAAGACGCUUAGACUUGGCUGGAACAACCUCUCAGGCUCAGUCCCGGACUUCAUCAGCCAACUCAAGAACCUGACCUUCCUUGAACUCUACUACAACAACCUCACUGGCUCUAUCCCCAGCUCACUUUCUCAGCUACCAAAUUUGGCUUCUCUUCGUCUAGACCGUAACAAGCUCACAGGUCAUAUUCCGAGCUCAUUCGGACAAUUCGUUGGUGUCAUUCCAGAUCUCUACCUCUCCCACAACCAGCUCACAGGCAAGAUACCAACCUCAUUGGGCAAAAUGGACUUCAAUCGCAUAGACUUGUCACGUAACCUGCUCGAAGGUGAUGCAUCCUUCCUAUUCGGGUUGAACAAGACAACCGAGAUUGUAGAUUUGUCCAGGAACAUGCUGGAAUUUGAUCUGUCAAAGGCGGGGUUCACAAACAGCCUGAUUUUACUAGAUCUGAAUCACAACAGGCUUACAGGGAGUAUUCCGGAGGAGUUGACUGAAGUUAAGUUGCAGUUCUUCAAUGUGAGCUAUAACAGGUUGUGUGGUCAGAUUCCGGUGGGUGGGAACUUGCAGAAAUUCGACAACACGUCGUAUUUCCAUAACCGGUGCCUCUGCGGUACUCCACUCCCAAGCUGCAAGUAAUGCCCCGCUGCAUGAAAUAUCUGGCAGCUGUGUUCAAUAAUAAAGGUGCUUAAUGCAAAUAAGCAACCCUCGGCUUUGGCUGAUAAUUUUCCUUCUUUAAAAUGGUCAUGAAAUUUAACAAACGCAUGUUGAAUAUAAGACAGCACAAAGCUUUAUUUAAUUUCAA